AAAAAAAUUCUGAUUUAACUUCGAGCAGUACAAAAAAUGUGCGUCUCUUUAGUGUAUGUAAACUUCUGGUUUCAACUGUASAUAUGAGGAUCAGUCAGCCCAGGAUAGCGGAGUUUUUCCCAUUUAAAGGAAAAGCGUGAUGAAAAGCGUUAGUACAUCAGCAGUCUGUUUCAGCUCCACCGUUUCCAUGGAACAGAYAGAGAAGUUCAGAGCAAAACAGCAGCAGAUAGGAGGCUCUCCUUCAACAACAUGGAGGACAUGUUUGACUCAUAUAUAUGAAUGAAAUUAUGCCGUUAUUGUGUCCUGGUGUUUCAUUAUUAACCUGCAGGGUUGUCGGGCAGCUGUGAAGGAGGGGUGAGGAUAAAUCUGCKGUAACAGCCACAUCUUAUUGCAUCAGCUGUGGCUCAUUAAAUCCACAGACUUACCCUCUGACAGGACAGGAGUAAAUCCACACAACAUGGAACUGUCUCCUCCUCCCAUAGGGUUAGAAGCUGAGAGUGCAGCCCUUUUCACCACCGGAUCCCUUCACUUCCUGCAUGAGCUGAUCUCCACAUUUGAUGAGGAGGUGGAGAAGAUCCUCCAACUGAGAGUGUCCAGAAAGGCUCACCUGGAUCUUUCGGGUGAACUCCCAAAUUUCCUGGAAAGCACCACACACAUAAGRGCAGACCCAGACUGGAGGGUGCUCCCGGUCCCCCCCAGGCUGAAAAAGAGGCAUGUGGACAUUGGAGACAUGGCUCCCUGUGAUACCGCACGCUUCAUCAGGGCUCUGUGGUCUCCAGCACAGGGCAUACAGUGUUCCUUCUGGGUUUGUGGUUGUCUGUAUGAAUGUAUGUGUGUGCGUGUUUAUGUGCAGCUGGGUCUUCCACUGGGCUGCAUCAAGGCGACGGUGCUGAUAGAAAACGUGUUGGCAACGUUUGAAAUGGAGGAGAUUCUCUAUGAGCUGCGGGAACAUUCAGCAGGGCUCAACUGUGGCAUCUGGGAUUACUCUGCUUCCUUCGUCAAUAAGUUCGGUCAUCGUCASGACUUCCUGCUGCCGGACCGCAGCAAGUACGUGAACAUGGAGAAACGUUUUCUGCGGAGCUACAUGGACCUGCUGGUUCAGACGUGUCACAGACGGGGAGCGCUGGCCACAGGAGGCAUGGCUGCUCCACUGCUUCCUCACAGCCAGCACACACACGCCUACAGCACAGUGCUGGACUCUGUGGAAAGGCUGAAGUUAUUGGAAAUCAAGGCAGGUGUUGAUGGCUUCAUGGUGUAUGACAUGAAUUUGAUUAAACCCAUGCAAGAACUGUUUGAGCUUCACACGGAAGGUGACAACCAGCUCAACCGGCUCCGGGACGAUGUCAGCGUGACUCCUGAGGACCUGCUGUCCAUGCCCUCUGGAGGAGUCACUCUUUAUGGGCUUAAGUAUAACAUUGCAGUGGGUGUCCUGUUUAUUAGUGCAUGGCUAUCAGGUAAAGGCCAUUUUUUCUACAGAGGCCAGGUGGAAGACUCAGCCACUGCAGAGAUUUCUAGAUCCCAGGUGUGGCAGUGGAUCCGACACCAGGCUCGACUGGAAGAUGACAGCAGGGUGGUGAGCAGGCAGCUCGUCACUGAACUCACCAAGGAGCUCAGCACUGAACUCGGCCGCCUGUGUCCCUCUGAAAGGACUGAACAGAGGUUACACACGGCAGCAGACAUGUUCCUGGAGGUGGUUCUGAAGAGACAUUUCCCAGAGUUCAUCACCUCUUACCUGAACUUGGACCACACUUUUCUCACCUCCCAGAACCUGAGAGAGGAGGAGAAGGCGGUGGAAACAGGAAGACAACRAGCCAAGCUGUGAGGGGCAGCCAGGAACAGAGUGAUGGAAAACCAACAGACCUAAAAGUCAUGACAUGUAUGGAGUUAAUUCUGUGUAACRCAAUCCUUCAGAGAAAYGUGGUAAUAGAUUUCCCUUACUAGUUCCGCUUAGGCUUUCAAAUUACUGGUCAGAAAAUGACUCCAAUUCCAUAAUAAUAGAGUGAGACUCUUCAUACAACAAAACAACGUGAAGGGCUAAAUUAGCUAAAAGUGAUAGGUCGGUACAUUAAAAUGUACAGUAUUUAAUCAAUGUCCACAACCGAUUCUGAAUCAGUCUCACAACUGUGAAUACCAAACUAAUAUGUGAUCACCUACAAGUUUAACUGUGAGCUAACAGCAGGCUAAAUUCUAUCAAAACUGAACUUUAGAGAAUCAAUGCAUGACCAGACAGCAGAGGCUUCACUACCUAAACAAGAUUAAAACACACAGUUGUAGGAUAAUAAUAAUCAUGGCUGCUAAUUAAUCCAGAAAUAAAAAGUUCUGGUUCUGCUGAAGGUUUCUUCCUGUUCCAGGGAAGUUUUUUCCUCUCCACUGUCGCUAAAUGCAUGUUCAGUAUGAGGGAUUGUCAAUGACUUGAUGCAGUCUGCUGGGUUUUCUUAAAUUUCAUAAUUUGAAUAAUAAACAUAACUUAAUCUGUUUGAGAUGGUAGUUGUGAAUUGGCGCUACAGAAAUAAACUGAUUAUAUUUUCUUCAGAAUAGGAUGUUCAGAUUUUCUGAUGUCUACCCUUGGAGGGUUAAGUGUUUACUGAGGAUGUUGAGCCAACUGAAGCUGUUGGGGACCAAGAUCCUAAAGUUCAUGCCUGUUCUGAUCCAUGAAAACGUUUGGASCUCCUGCUCUGCAGCCAUGAAGCCUCAUUUCAACUCCUCUGGAAUUGAAAUGACCUGGUCAGAGAUCAAGUAUUUCUAUGCCUGGGGGAUGCAAAUCAGCUSCCAGUUGUUGUAAAAACCUUGUUGCCMUGGUUAUGCAUUACAAUUGAAAGUUAGAAUAAAAAGCAGAUACCUUUCCAGUUGCACUACAUCCAAAACCACAGGGAGUAACUGUCCAAACAUGAAAAACCUCAACCCAAAAACUGACGAACAAAACUAAUGCAGCAGAGAUGCUCCAACAUACUCCCAUCACUAGAGGUGCUGUUGUAUUCAGUUUCAAUGCUCACAAACUCAUCACCACUUUGCUUAGAAAUGACCACAGGCGGCAAAAAGCAGCAGCUGAAGGAACAGGAAGUGAACAUUCAGGCCAACAGUGUGACUGACCGUUUGGUCUUACUGCUUCCUGUUCCUGCAGCAAAGCAUGACCAGCCAUCUUGCACUCCUUAGCCCCCCACCACACACACACACACACACACACACACACACACACACGUUUUGCAAACAGUUUUAUUAAUUCCUCUGUCAGUUUGUAAUAUAUAAAUUACUUUUAAAAACGUGAGAAGCAGAUGCACCUACAAGAAGAACUUGGCAUGAAAACACAGGUAUUCUAGAAAACCUAGACUGUGUUCACCGUUCACCAGGCCACUCCAGCCAGCCAAUGACCACACUUCCCACAAUCCUUUGCCUCCCAGUGUAAAUAUAUCAGUUCUUUUCUGAUGCCAUGAACUG